GCAGCCGCACGAAAGGGGGCGAGGAAAAAAGCGAGAGAGAAAAAGAAAAGGAGGGGGCGAGAGAGGACGGUGGAGAGAGAGACCUCCACUCACCCCCGCCCGGAAAAGCAGUGAGCCCUCGCCGCGAGGAACGCGUGACCUCGCCGGGGUCGCGGGGCAGGCGGCGCCGACAGGAUCUGGUAGGGUUCAGGCGGGCGGGACCCUCGCCAUGGCGAGCCCGCGGUCGGCCGGCGCCGGCGGCGGCGUGGCGGGGGACGAGGCGAUCUGGAGGAAGCUCCGCGAGGCCGGGUUCGACGAGGAUGCCGUCAGGCGCCGGGACAAGGCGGCGCUUAUUGGCUACAUCUCGCGGCUUGAGUCCGAGAUUUACGAUUAUCAGCACAAUUUGGGGCUUAUUUUAUUGGAGCAGAAGGAGGUGACAUCUAAAUAUGAGCAACUUAAAGCUGCUUCUGAGGCCACUGAGAUCAUGCUCAAGCGUGAACGAGCUGCCCAGCAGUCAGCUUUGGCUGAAACAAGGAAAAGGGAAGAGAACCUAAAAAAGAAUUUAUGCAUUCAGAAAGAGUGUGUAUCCAAUCUUGAAAAGGCGCUACAUGAUAUGCGUGGAGAAACAGCUGAGAUAAAAGUUUCAUAUGAAGCCAAACUGGUGGAAGCCCUUCAAAUGAUAGAUGCUGCACAGAAAAAGUUUGAUGAAGCAGAAGAGAAACUUCUCGCUGCAAAAUCCUUGGAAGCAGAGUCCAUUCGGACUCACAAUGCCUCACUGAGAAGCCUGCAAGACAUUGAAGACCGUGAAGAUCAGCUAAGAAGAGAUAGAACUUCUUUUGAACUUGAGAGUGCAUCGAAGGAGAAAGAGAUUAGCCUCCAGAGGAAAUUAUUGGAUGAUACCAAAAAAAUUUUGCAUGAAAAGGAGCAGGCAUUGGUGAAAGAACAAGCACUUCUUAAUCAGAGGGAUGACAACAUCCUUGAGAGGCUUGGCUACAUAACACAUUCAGAGAAAAGGUUGGAGGAGGAAAAGCUGAAUCUUGAAGAUGAAAGGAAGGCUCUCAUGGAAGAAAAAAAUAAGCUGGACCUGAAAAUGCAGGCAAUUAUUUCUAGGGAAGAAGCUAUAAUUAAGAAGGAAUCUGUACUUGACAAACGUGAAAGCGAACUAUUGGUUUUGCAAGAGACAAUUGCUAGCAAAGAAAGGGCUGAAAUAGAAAGACUGCGCCAGGAGCAAGAAAUUGACUUGGGGAGGAGGAGGAAUGAAUUCGACACCGAGAUGGAGAUUAAGCUCACUUCUUUCAAGGAAGAGAUUGAAGCGAGGAAAACCUUGCUAGAUCAGAGGGAAAGUGCCCUCAGUGAGCAGGAGGAUGCAGUGGCACAAAGGGAACAAAAUAUCAACCUUAGGCUUGCCGAGUUAUCAAACAAGGAAGAGUCUUUGGUGAAGAGAUCAGAUGAGUUAAAGGAAGAAGAGAGAAAGCUCUCCUCUCAUAGAGACACGGUGCACAGCGAAUUACAAAAAGAAAGGGAGGAAAUUCAGAAUAUGAAAUUGGAUUUGGAGAAGGAAAAAUCUUUCUUUGAAGAGGAGAAACGUGAAGCGAUUCAAGCUCAGGAGAAACUACUAAUAACCCAAAGUGAGAGAGAGGAUUUGCUAAUUUUGCAGAUGAAACUUAAAGAAGAAAUUGAUAGUCUGAGAGCCCAAAAAGUUGAACUUAUGGUUGAUGCAGAAAGACUGCUAGCGGAAAAAGAAAGAUUUGAGAUUGAAUGGGAGCUCAUUGAUGAGAAAAAGGACGAGCUACAAAAGGAAGCAGCCAGGAUUGCUGAAGAGCGGAGAGUAAUAGAUGAGCAUCUCAAGAAUGAACUUGAUGUCAUCAAACAAGAGAAGGAAAAUCUCCGUAUUCAGUUCAAAAGUAGUGCAGAAUCCCUCGCUUGUGAACAUAAGGAGUUCAUGAAUAAGAUGCAGCAAGAGCAUGCUAGUUGGCUAAGCAGGAUACAACAAGAAAGAGAAGAUCUUAAGAGAGACAUUGAUAUCCAGAGAACAGAGUUGAUGAAUUCUGCAAAGGCAAGGCAGAUGGAAAUAGAGUCAUAUUUAAGGGAAAAGGAAGAGGAGUUUGAGCAGAAAAAAUCCAAGGAGCUUGAGUACAUCAAUUCUGAAAAGGAAACGAUCAGCUCAAAAUUGGAGCAUGUCAGGAUUGAAUUGCAGAAACUUGAGGAUGAGAGGAAAGAAGCUUUGCUGGAACGAGCGAGGAGAGAGCAAGAGCUGUCUGAAAUAAAGAGCACUAUAGAUGCCCUUAACGAGCAACGAGAGAAGUUGCAAGAGCAAAGAAAACUUCUUCAUUCAGAUCGAGAAGCAAUCACACAGCAAAUCCAGCAGCUUAAUGAAUUAGAAGAGCUGAAGAUUGAAUCCGAGAACAAUCAACUGUCUUUGAGACAGUGUGGGAGAUCAAAACAUGGUGAUGUAGAAACCCAGAAAGAGAAUGGUGUUCACCUGUCUCCUGAUGAGGAUCAAAAUGCUAGUCCCAAGAAGUGUUCAUCACCAAAAGUCAUUCUUGGAAAGAAAUUAGAAGUGUCCCCCUCAGUUUCAACACCAAUUUCAUGGGUUCGAAAAUGCGCUCAGGUGAUAUUCAAACGCUCUCCAGAAAAGAGUGCUGACCAUGAUAAUGAUAGAUCUGCACAUGCAACAUUGGGAAAUGUCAACGACUUCAGCUUAGUGGAAAAUGGUGGAUUAUUUGCUUGUCAGCUGGAAAAUGGUGCCGGAGAAGUACCACAUGCUGUCGAUGGUCUUAAAGUUGGGAAAAAGAGGCUUAAUUAUGCACUCUCUCAUGAUCAGAGUGAAAAUUUAGAGCCCAAACGGAAGCACCAGAGGAGCAGUAUUCUGACUCAGAAAGUGGUAGGAGGGGAAAUUGAUUCUAACGGCAGUCCAUCAGUUCUAGAAGAAAAAUGCUCUAAGAAUGAACAUGACGCAGUCCUGGUUGGUUUAUCUCGGAAGGGACUGCCUUAUCCAAGAACAGGAGAAGUGGCUUCAUCUGAUGAUGCACUCUUUGUGAAUGGGAAACCAGAUACUUCAGAUAUUCCUGAUGAUGAGCCUUCAGAGGAGAUUUCAGUGUCUGCCGCUGAGGCAUUAAAUGGAGAUGUUGCUGAGGACAAGGAUGAACUUGAUGAGGACUCUGAUGAUGAAGGUGAAGAGGAAGAGGAAGAGAAGGCUUCUUCAGCAAAGAAGCUGUGGCGCUUUCUCAUCACGUGAUCUGAUCACCUUCCCCGUAUGAUAAAUAACACAGCUAACUGUAGGCUGACAGUUACCUGUCCAAUGAGGAUAUGUGGUAUUGCGAGCAGCGUCGCCUUAAUCAUCCGCUGUGAUUGCCCUGCCUUUCGGUUUGUAGAGGUGGGACGUGGGGGAGGUACUUGUUUGGUUGUGUGCAUGUAGUACUGGGAGCAGCGCGCUGUUUUGGAUGGGCGCUGUAGCUUGUUUCUUUUUCUGUUCUUGUAUCCCCAAGAUGGCUUCGACGUGUAAAGUGUUUGAUAGCUUCCAAGUUGGUGUAAAAAUGAUGGUGGGUCGUAGCAAACCCUGCAUUGUCCAAAAAGCGUGCUUGUUUGAGCUGUUUCCGCAGAGUUGUGUCAAAUUUGUGAUUUCCAGACACUUUUCAUGCUUGCGGCUCGCGUGAACGACAUGCAAAGUGAACCGACCGUUGGGAUUUGAAGUGAGCCAA